AUGUUUGGAAGUACUAAAAUUAUAGAAGAUGUAGAUUUAAGUAUUCUAGUUGCAAAUAUUGUUGAAGGAAAUCGUUAUAGUCAUUGCAGGUUAUGUCUGAGUAUUAUUCAAGAGCAAUAUGUACGUUUUAACGAUGCCGUAUCUUUGGAUCCAGAAAAUGGUAUAUUUCAACCACUAUAUGAAAUCCUCACAAAAUUGCUUGGAAAUAACUUGUGGGAUGAAGUUACUGGCAUCGAUGCAGUAUGUAUCACUUGCGUGGAUAAAGCUCUCGAGGCUGUACGAUUCAUUGAUAAAUGCCAUAAGACUACAAAUUUGAUACAUAAUGUAUUUAAUAACCUCUCUGAUGCAUUGAAUGUGGACUUGGACACAAGUAAAAAAGAUCGCGCUUUAUAUAUAAUUAUCGAUGAAUCUAACUCAAAGAUAGUUUGCAUGAAAAAGGAGCAGAGAAAACGAAAAAACAACCACAAUGGGAAACAAAAGCAGAUUGAAUGUAUUGAGUGUUGUAAAAUUUUCAAUGACUAUUUUGAUCUUAAAGCUCACAAUAUGAUGACCCAUGACAGUUUUACAUGUGAAAAGUGCUAUGAGAUAUUUCCAAGUGAAUUAGAAUUAACUAUUCAUGAGAGUGACAUGCACAAAUAUAAGUGUGCUGAGUGUCCCCAGUUUAGAAACACUGAAGAAGCCUUGAGAGAACAUCAGAGAAGAACCCACAAUAUAAUUGUGUGUACAGAAUGUGGUAAAUCUUGUCAAGGUUUAGAUAAAUUAAAGAUUCAUGAAGAGAAACAUAAUACAAAACAUGUCUGUCCAAAAUGUGGAAAAACAUACACUACUAAAGAUUUUUAUUUAAAACAUGUAAAACUAUGCCUGCAAGACCUUAUAGACCCUCAUCCAACAAGAAGUAGUAUAAAAAAGAACUAUACUUGUGAAAAAUGUGCAAAAGCAUAUAGUACUCCAGGUGGACUGAGAGUUCACAAUAGAUUUGUUCAUGGCAAUGCUAAACCUCAUGUUUGCAAAGAGUGUGGCAAACAUUUUACAGCUCCAAGUUAUUUAAAAAAUCACAUGAUCAAGCACACUGGGGAAAAGAAUUUUAUAUGUGAUUUAUGUGGAAGUAGGUUUGUUACAAAAGAGGCUUUGCUAUACCAUACUAGAAGGCACACAGGGGAGAAACCAUACAGUUGCAAGUUGUGUAAUGAAAGAUUUGUUAAUGCAUCAGCCCGAGCGGAACACAUCAAGUUUAAGCAUGUAGGACCUACACUAAAGUGUGACAUUUGUCCAAGAAAAUUUGUCACAUCAUAUUUCUUAAAACAGCAUAUUAGCAGACAUCAUGACCCAUCAAGUAAAUUGUAUUACGGUAGAAAUAUGAUACCUCCGAAUAUGCCUGGUGAACAAAACAUGAGAACAUUUCAAAUUGAUUAUGAAAACUAA